AUGUUUGGGCUCAGAUUGCUCGCGCUAUGUUCAGUAUGCCUGGCGACCGCAGCCCUGGGCUACAUUGAACAACAGCAAUGGUGGACGUUGAGGCUCUCGAUCUCGUGGCUGUUGAAUGGCUGGCUGUUGCUCGCCGUUACGUUGGCGGCAACAAUCCAACUAGCAGGUGACAUUGCUACGAGCUACGACCACACACUGUUGCCGACGAGAGCGACGUUGGGAACCAUCGUAAUUGGGGUCUCGUUUUUGAUCUUCCGAUUGCUCCUCCCGCUGGCCCAGAACUCGGACUACCUCCACCUCCGCUGGAAAGCGUGGACAGGUCCCAGCAGGACCGGCAUUGCUCCAAGUGUGACUCGCUACCUCGGCGAUGUGCGCGACUGGCAGUCACUGGCUUCCGUGUGCCAGGGGAUGGAAUUGCACCCGGUGGAGACCUCACUGAACUGGGCAGGCCACUUCACUGGAGGGAUCCCGUACGAUCCGACCGAGUUGUUGACUGCAAGGCUCAAGAUGGACGAGGAAUCAGGUGGAGUGUGGGUUCCAAGAUCACCGUCCAAAGUCGGCGUGUACGCUCCAGCUGAGGCGGGUCACUCUGUAUCCCUAUUAUGGGGAGAGGAGUUGGGGUUCAUGCGCCGCUGCAGUCGAGGCAUUGUCGCCGUCCCGAGGCCCCUGCUGACGUUCCACCCGAAGCUGAAGAACGGGGUGGAUGGCAGGCCAUUGUGCCUUGCACACGGCAUCCUGGCCCGGAACAAGGGUCUGGCGCCUUAUCGACUGGCGUGCAAUCUGCAAACCCCUUCGAGGCUGCGGAGCUUUGAAGAGAAUAGUUCCUUGUGGCCGAGACCUGCAAAGGCGUUGCGUUCAUUCUACAACGCAGAACUGUCCAAAGCCUUCUCCGGACUCGGAGGGACUUUUGUCUGUGCUGCCACCGAACUGGCGCUGCUCCUUGCAGAUGCGAAGCCUGCCAUCGUGGCGGACUGGCUCGACGCCCAUUUGGAGCAACAGGACCUGUUGCUGAAUAAUCGGGCGGCAGCGCUUGGAGCCAGCCCCGACGACUUAGCCCAACUCUACCGUGGCCAAUAUAUUACCAUGCUCGUCAGCUUGAGUGAGCAUAAGGCUGGCAUUAGAACCCGACCUGAAAUCACAGUCUUCAGAGCUCUCUGCGCGGCCGAGGGACGAAGAGAUCUUCCCGCAUGGCUCAACGAGCCAACAAUGAUGGAGCGAGCACUGGCAGAGACUCAUCAUCUCGGUGCAAGAGGCUUGCGCCUGGUCGAGGCCGCCGUCUAG